AUAUUAUCAUUAUUACGAAAAAUAAUAAUAAUAAUAAUAAUAUAGGGCCGUAGACAAGCGCCGUGUUCCUCCUGGACCAUUAUUGCUGUCAAUUAAUAUUAAUAUAUUGUAGUGCUCUGUUGAACGCGGUGGCGACCCGUAUGCGGACGACGCCGAACAAAGAGAGAGCGUGAGGAGAGCAACAGAAAACAAUUUAAUAUCAUCGUCGGUUCCAGUGUUCGAACCAAGAGCGAUUCGAAUUCUACCCAACUUUGUUUCAACCGUUUCGCUUGCUGUCUUGCCUUUACUGUGAAACGAUAAAAUACGCACAAGUGGUUGUUGUAUUCCUACAUCAAGUCGUGUUCCAUCGUCGUCAUCGCCGUGAAUUUACGUCUGGCUUGUCAACAAUUAUAAUUUUUGUCCACUCAAAUACGUACUGUCGUCGUCCAAGUAAUACUUAUUGUCUUUUGCGUGUUUUUGUAUCCAUUUUAAAGAUGAACAAAAAGUGCGCCAGAUGUGAGAAGGUCGUAUAUCCAAUAGAAGAACUGAAAUGUCUGGACAAGGUUUGGCACAAACAAUGCUUCAAAUGUCAGUCUUGUGGCAUGACAUUGAAUAUGAGAAAUUACAAAGGAUUCAAUAAAGAACCCUUUUGUGAAGCACACAUUCCAAAAGCAAAACAUACUACUGUUGCUGAAACACCAGAGUUAAAAAGGAUUGCUGAAAAUACCAGAUUACAAUCAAAUGCACAGUAUCAUGCAGAAUUUGAAAAAACUAAAGGAAAAUUAACUCAAGUUGCAGAUGAUCCAGAAACUUUAAGAAUAAAAGCUAAUUCAAAAAUUAUAAGUAAUGCAGCAUAUCAUGGAGAUUUUUUGAAGAAAGCAGAGAUGGAACAACGCCGAAAUUUAAGUAAUGGAAACAACGCAACAAAUAUUAAUGAAGCAACAGCUAAGAAUAUUGUUGUGAACAAACCUAUUCAAACUGAUGAUCAGAAUAAUGCUGUUAAACAGAAUAAAGCGCAACAACAUUUUAACUCUGGGAAUACUAGAUAUACAUCCCAAAAAGUUGAAAAUAAUCCAUAUCAUUCUAGAGAAGAUUCAUCGGCUAAAAUUCCUGCAUGUUUAAAUCGUCAAUCAUCUACUUUAAUUUAUUCAUCUGAUGGAGGAGAUUUAGUUAACAAUGCCUUUAACAAUCAUCAAAUUGGUUCAAUUGCUGACUAUGAUCCAAUUAAAAAGCAACAACCUUAUGGUGGUGUUAAGUAUACCAAUUAUUCUGAAAGCAAAAAUUACAACUUUGGGAGGGUUUACCGAGCUAUGUAUGAUUAUGAAGCCCAAGAUUUGGAUGAAGUUUCAUUUACUGAUGGAGAUUUAAUUGUAAAUUGUGCUGCUAUUGAUGAUGGUUGGAUGACUGGUGUUGUUCAGAGAACAGGAAAAUCCGGCAUGUUACCAGCCAACUAUGUCCAACCUGCAGCUAUUUAAAAUUAUGAAUUUAAAUUAUGUGUUAUUUGUUAAUGUUUAUGAUAUGUUUAUAAUAUGGUGAAAACAUAAU